GGAAAGACACACAAAGUGAUAAAAAUGUUAUCGACAAUACGUAUUGCAUAUGGUGGUUUUAGAUUUGUAUUGAACGCAGCUUGAUUGCUUGCUUUACUCCAGCCCAGUUUCUUCCAUACAGAUUCGCGUCACCCAUACAACUGUUCAAUAAGAUUUUAAUGAGAUAGUUUGUCCUAUUGACGGGUUGUACGAUUGAACUAGUGAGGCAAUCAUGCUUUCGUGCAUAGAUUUAAUCCGUUCACAGUAUACCCCUUCAGUAUACCUCUCUAAGAUUUAAAUAUUGUUUACGACAUUGGUUUACAUUUUUUUUUUUUGGCUUCUUCAUUGGAAAUGUUGAACUUUUAAUUCCUCCUAAGCGGCAAAGGGAAUAGCCACGCUUUUCUUCGACGGAGUUACACCGGAUUAUUACAGAGACGUCUCCAGGCAAAUUAAGAUUACUUUACUUUUAGGAAACUUCUACUGCAGUUUUUUUUUUACGAUGCUCGAGGAGUGGUGAAGUUUCCUUUUUUUUAAGUGUCAUAAUCGAAUUUUAUGUUUUUAAAAGUGGUUUUAAAAGAGGUAAAAAUGACUCGGUGACACAAUCAAGUGCCAAAGUUGCCAAAUUUCCAAAAGCCGCAGCAAAUUCUGAGGAUAUAUAGACUUAAUAUCAGUGUAACACUCAAAGGACAUAAUCAUCGCGGAGACAGGUGAAACUGGAGAAAGGUGAGACCGGAGACAGGUGAAACUGUGCGGAGACAGGUGAAACUGAACUACAUUUUGGAAGGAAACAUUUAACGUUUUCACCAUGCAUACGAUGUAUGAAAAGGUGGUGUCGGUGAUUGAGAAGCCAGUGGAGGAACGGACGGACAUCGAAUGUACGGAUCUGAUCUCUUGGUUCCGUAACAAAUCCUCCCUAUUCCGAUCUCUUAAAGCAGAAAUAAUCAAAGACGUUAUACGACAUUGUAUUUUUGAGAGACCUAAGAAGGAUGACGUCAUUAUCAAGCAAGGGGACAAUGGAGACAGGUUAUAUAUCAUUCUUCGCGGGAAAAUGUCAAUUCAUGUUUUACAAGACAAAGAAAACGACCAAGAAAUUAGGCAAGCAAUAGAGAAAGCUGUAUCAAAGGGUAAACUGGACAGGGCAGCAUUAGGGCAACAUGUGUGGACGUCAGGUGAGGGCAACACGGUAGGCGAGAUCGCUCUCAUUAAAGAGGAUUGCGUGAGAACGGCAAGUGUCGUUGUGGAUGAAGACACGGACUUGAUGGUCGUGGAUAGGAUGCUUUACAACAGAUCAGUCCGCGACGUUCUAGAGAAAGAGUUCCACGACAAAACUGUCUUUGUGGAUACGAAUCCUCUAUUUUCAUAUUGGUCUCCCAAAAUGAAGAAAUCUCUAGCAAUUUCUUUGAAAAGAGAAAUUCACUUCUAUGGAAGCCCGAUUGUGCGACAAGGUCAACCUGUGGAAAAUCUGUAUAUAAUUACAGAAGGAGAAGUUGAGAUUUUGAUCGACCAGGGUGGGUACAAAGAACAGUAUCCAGAAAUUUGGACGGAAAUGAAACGUUUACUACCGGAACUCCUACCUCCGAGACGAAGGGUUUCAGUAGGAAGACAAAGAGAAAUCCCUGUCAAUAUCACGCCUUCUGAAUCUCUGCGUCAGAAAAAGAUGUCACAUAAACAUUUUCAAAUGUGUCUUCUGGGUGGAAAUGAGAUAAUCGGUGCGACGGAGACGUUACUGGGAUUGAAAUCAUACAUGGAAAAUGCAAACGUCACACGGCGGACCGAAUUAUUAUCGCUUAGUAAAGGAAAUUACCAACGUUUGUUCAUGAAGAAGUCGGCAAAUCGGAGUAUAGACUUACUAAAAAGUGUAAUGGUGUCUCGAUUGUAUCUCUAUAUACACAGGACUCAGUUGUCCCUCCACAAUGCUUCCUUGCUUAAGUACUUUACCCUCAAACUCAGGGAUCCCGAGUCACUGAAACAGUUGCGAUCACGUAAUGGAAGAAAAUCUAGAGGCAAACAGGAGAAGAAUAAGGAGUAUUUUUAUGGGGCCUUCAACUCGCGGAGUUAUGACAAGGAUGAAGAAAACAUCCGAAGCUUUCUGAAAACAAUGGGAGUGUACUACAUUACCGACAAUUCUCUACCAGAGUUAGAAACCAGCACGCGAGUUUUGGCGGACUUAAAUGCUCACUUAUCGGAUUGGUUGAAGCGUACACGGAAAAGCGACAAACCAGAAUUCAGAGAAGUUUUAUCACCCGAGGGACAAAAGUAUAAAAGAUACCGCCUUGAGUUUUAAAAGGUAUGCAAACGUGGAUACACGAUGGGGCAAUGACUCAACCACCGAGACUGGAUACCUUUGUGAGAACCAAAACAGUCAUUUGAUAAACAUUCCACAGGACUUUACACACCGAAUAAGACCGACAUAAUUUAAUUGACCGGAAUAUAUUCUUCAGAUACUGCAAAAUUCUUCAAAUACUCGGGAAUUAUCAGUACAAUGCAAUAUAUUAAUUCAAAAAAAUGA